CCCCUCCAUCCGUCACAGACCACCAGUGGAUGUGAAUGGUAGAGGGAGCACCUCGUACUUCGCUCCAGUGGUGAGCAUCACUACGGUCAGUGCAGAGCGCACAGCCAGCGGUUGCGCUCUGAAGACGUGAUGGUGGCAAAUCUGGGAAACAUUGGAUAUUCUUGAAUUAAGAGGCAAAAGGUGAUCGUGUGACUUUUAUUUUGAUUUGUCCACUUUUUUUUCUUCCAUUUCUGCGGCACGCGUCAAAGUGACCAUGGCGCAUUUUAUGACCUGCAGGUAACCAGCGUUUUUGUUGCCAAUUAACAAAGAUGGACUGAAAAAAAAAAAAAAACAAGUGAAGUUUGCCCUAACUCCAGGACGGCUCAAAUGGCGGCGCUUAGGAGAAAAUUUGGAGAAGACUAUCAAGUGGUGAACACGAACCGGGCCACUACUUUCUCUGCUCCGGUGAAGAAAAAACGCCAGCGAUUUGUGGACAAGAACGGCCGGUGCAACGUGCAGCACGGGAACCUGGGAGGAGAGACCAGCAGGUACCUCUCUGACCUGUUCACCACUUUGGUGGACCUAAAGUGGCGAUGGAACCUGCUCAUCUUCAUCCUGACUUACACCAUCGCCUGGCUGGUCAUGGCAUCCAUGUGGUGGGUCAUCGCUUAUAUCAGAGGGGACUUGAACCACGGACAGGACUCGUCCUACACUCCCUGUGUAGCCAACGUUUACAACUUCCCCUCAGCUUUUCUGUUUUUCAUCGAGACCGAGGCGACCAUCGGGUACGGCUACCGGUACAUCACGGAGAAGUGCCCGGAGGGCAUUAUCCUCUUCUUGUUUCAGUCCCUACUGGGCUCCAUAGUGGACGCUUUUCUUAUCGGCUGCAUGUUCAUCAAAAUGUCCCAACCCAAGAAGCGCGCAGAGACGCUCAUGUUCAGCCAGGACGCAGUGAUUUCCCAGCGAGACGGAAAACUGUGCCUCAUGUUUCGUGUGGGGAAUCUGAGGAACAGCCACAUGGUGUCCGCUCAGAUCAGGUGCAAACUUAUAAAGUCUCGUCAGACACCAGAGGGCGAGUUCCUGCCGCUGGACCAGUGCGAGUUGGAUGUGGGAUUUGGCACAGGUGCCGACCAGCUCUUCCUCGUAUCCCCUCUCACAAUCUGCCACGAAAUCAAUCCCAAGAGCCCCUUUUUUGACCUUUCCCAGCGCUCGCUCAUGAAUGAACAGUUUGAAAUUGUCGUCAUCCUGGAGGGCAUCGUGGAGACCACCGGCAUGACCUGCCAGGCUCGGACAUCAUACACCGAGGACGAGGUAUUAUGGGGCCAUCGUUUCCUGCCUGUGAUGUCCCUGGAGGAAGGAUUUUUUAGAGUGGACUAUUCACAAUUCCACAGCACGUUUGAAGUUCCAACACCACCGUACAGCGUCAAGGAACAAGAAGAGAAAAAUUCACUGCCUUCAACACUAUCUACUCCCAUCCCAGCAAUCACUGAGAGCCACAGUGCCCGGAGAGACCGAGUGUUUUCUGUAGAUUGCAUCAACAGUUCAGAUGAAAGAGGCCAUCAGGGAGGGAUGGGAGGGCGGCUGCCAAGCAAGCUGCAGAGGAUGAGUUCCUCUGGAAAGGAGGAUCUGCAGAGGAAGGUUCUUCUGCUCAGUUCACAGCACUCGGAGAAAGCCUGCAGCACAGGAGACCUGCCCCUGAAGCUGCAGCGUCUCAGCUCCUCCUCGCCGGUACCCGAGGCAGAGAAUCGACUGCAACUCAAGUCUCUCAAAGUGGGCUUCGAGCCCAUGACCCAGUCCACAGGCGAUCUGUACCAGUGUAGCCUUCAACCCACCCUGUCCCCUGCUCCUGUCCACCCACACAGGCCUCUGCUCUCAGGCGCAGGGAGGCCGGAGGACAACCUACCACCAAAACUGAGGAAGAUGAACGCCGAACGCUAAAACCCAGAGAGAUGCAGAGACCCUCACUGAGCACAAAAGGACUUAGGACGCAUGAAAUCAAAUACAAAAAUGUACUUUCAAAAUAAAACAAUGGUUUAAUUAUAUUACAUUGUUUUAUUUUCUCUUUUUUUAUAAUCUUGAGAGACAGCCUUCAGUGGAACUACUGUGAUAUCUGUGUUUCAUAACAGAUACUUUCAUGCAGACAUUGUUGCACAGAGCAACAAGAAAAGAAAAGAAAAAACAAACCACACAGACGCCGUGCCUGAAUCAAACUGGCUGAUUCUGUCUGAGUUGAGUUCUGCAUGUAUACACUGAAUCCUUUCUUUAUGUAUGCGCCACUACUCUGUUUAUUUAAUAGUCAAUCUUAGUUUUAACUAAUCAUAAAUUAUAUUAUGAUGAAAAAUAAAUUAUGUUUA